AUGUUUGGGAAAACUUCAUUAUCUUUAGGUAAAAAAGCUGUUUAUGGACCAACUGUAGAGGAAGGAAUGCUGAUACAGGACUUGGAAGUUGAAGCGAGAAAUAUAUUAAUCGAUACAUACAAUAAUGCAGUAAAUUUAUUUGCAAAAGAAAAACCAAUUGAUGGAUUAGAUUCAUUUGGAAAGAAAAUCACUGAUUUAUAUGAUGACGUAAACAGAUCAAUCAAUCAUACGCUUUUACAUCUCGCAAAUGAAAUUGAUCACGGAAAUUCAAUGAUUAAAGAAGCCCGUGACGAAUUAGACACAUUUCAUCGUGACUACACAGACUCUCUCCAUUCUCAGACAUUCCCAUCUCCAUUUAUUUCUCGUUUCACUGAUAAUCUUCAGCAAAGAUCUAAAAAUCUUUCAGAAGCUAUCACAUCAUAUGAAACUAAAUUGCAAAACAAUGAACAAGCCGAAAGCCCAGCUGUUUUAGUUCAAGUUUUACAAGAACAAUAUAAUGCUAUAAUCAGAUGCUCGGCCAGAGUCUCGGAAAUCCAGCGCAAAUCACAAUCGUUACACGAAACCUUCAAAAGAAUUUUCCAGAACAAAGAUAGAAAGAUAUCUGAUUUACGUCUAGAUUCUGAAGAAAAUGGCAAGCAAUCAGUAGUCAAUUCUGUUCAGACAGCAUACGAUGAAUAUCUUGAAGAAAGAAGACGUCUUCUUGAAAAACGCGAUACAACAACAGACUUUUCUACAAUUUGCGCACCAGACACAAAGGCAGGUGGCUUAUUUGGUAAGAGUAAGUUUAGUUUUGGAUCAGGUAACAGUUCACUAAAUAAAGGAACUUCUGCUCUUUCCAAACCAGCUGGAACAUAA